AUGAUUGGCUGGAGGCUCCGGAACCAGCGGGACGCACCUUGGCUGCGGAGUGCAAGCCGGGCGGCCUCCCUCAGGACCGAGCGCUUCCGGACUUCUCGCUGCCUGACACCCUGUAUUUCCCUGAGUGCGGCCUGUCUGUCCCACUGCGUGUGGGCCUGGUGCGCACAGGCCACUGCUGACCUCGGGCUGGCUGCGGCGAUCCUGGUGCCUGUGGCGGGGCUUGGUAGUUUGUCCUCAAAGGACAGCAGAAAACUAUCUUCAAUGGCUUCCUUGGUGGCUUAUGAUGACUCGGAGUCAGAGGCUGAGACCGAGCCCGUGGGAAGUUUUACUGCCGCUGGCCAGAUGAAAGACAGCUCUGAUGGGCUCCAACCUCCUGGGCAGGAUUUUGCAUCCAAAGCCCCAGGUGUGACGGAAGGGACAGCACUGCCUGCAAAGCAUGGUUCUUGUGAAGACCCAGCUGGCCAUCGUCUCCCACUGGUUCGGCUCUGGAGAAGUGACCCAGGAUCUUGUCCCAGCCAGAGGUUACAGUGGCCCAGGAUGGAGCCUGAUGUCACCAUCCCUGCAGAUAAGCCUCCUCGACCUUCCCUGUGGACCAGCUACACUCCAGCUGGCCAUGUGCCCCUGGCAGCUGCCCGCUUUAGGCCGGUGAAACUCUCCUGGGGGACUUACAGUUCCCCCGAACCAUCCUUCUGUGCCCAAACCAAAUCUGAAACCCCGGGUAAAAAUGGUAGCUCUCUUCAGAGGACCAGGUGUGAGGACUGUAUUGUGCCCUACACCCCGAAAAGACUACGACAGUCACAGGCAUUAAGCACAGAAACUGGCAAGAGUAAAGAUGUGGCGUCCCAGGGUCCGUCUGCAGGGCGUGCCCCUGCCCCUCUCUGUGUGGCCCCCAGAGUGUCUGAGUUUAUUCAGCCAUAUUUGGACAGUCAGUAUAAAGAAACCACGAUUCCCAGGAAAGUGCUCUUCCACCUGAGAAGCCACAGGGGCCCCGUCAACAGCAUUCAGUGGUGUCCAGUCUUUGCUAAGAGUCACAUGCUUCUCUCGGCUUCCAUGGAUAAAACCUUCAAGAUGGAAGAGCAUUCUGGGUUGAGGGAACAGACUGUGCCAAGGCUGGAGGGUGUGGAGGACUGUGUUGCCAGCCGCAGACUGCAGGGGUGUAGGGUGAAGGUGUGGAACGCUGUGGACUCAGGCCGCUGCCUGCAGACCUACUCCCUGCACAGCGAGGCGGUGCGGGCUGCCCGCUGGUCUCCCUGUGGCCAGCGCAUCCUCAGCGGUGGCUUCGACUUUGCCCUGCAUCUAACAGACCUUGAAACAGGAACCCAGGUCUUCAGUGGUCAGAGUGACUUUAGGAUCACUACCUUGAAAUUUCAUCCGAAAGACCACAGCCUUUUUGUGUGUGGAGGCUUCCACCCUGAAGUCAAAGCUUGGGAUAUAAGGACCGGCAAGGUCGUGAGAAGCUACAAGGCGACCAUCCAGCAGACCUUGGACAUCCUCUUCCUCCAGGAAGGCUCUGAGUUCCUGAGCAGCACAGAUGCUUCGAGCCGGGACUCUGCUGACCGCACCAUUAUUGCCUGGGAUUUCCGGAGCUCUGCCAAAAUCUCCAACCAGAUUUUCCACGAGAGGUACACCUGUCCCAGCCUCGCCUUGCACCCCCGUGAGCCUGUGUUCCUGGCGCAGACCAAUGGCAACUACCUGGCUCUCUUUUCUGCUGUGUGGCCCUACCGGAUGAGCAGGAGGCGGCGCUACGAAGGGCACAAGGUAGAAGGCUACUCGGUGGGCUGCGAGUGCUCCCCGGACGGUGACCUGCUGGUGACGGGCAGCGCCGAUGGCCGAGUCCUGCUGUACAGCUUUCGCACCGCCAGCCGGGCGCGCACGCUGCCAGGGCACACCGAGGCUUGUGUGGGCGCCACCUUCCACCCUGUGCUGCCCUCCAUCCUCGCCACCUGCUCCUGGGAGGGCGACGUUAAGAUCUGGCAUUGAGCCUCCUAGUACAGAGCCUUCUGGAUGCCGGCCAGGCCCCGGGCUUCCAUUCUUCCUCGGGGUGGGUGGGGGUGAGGAGGUGUUGAGGUUGCCUCCGGUCAAACCUUCCGAGCCUCAGUUUCCACAUCUGUAAAAUGGGAACAGGGACGUGCUUGCCUCAGGGUUGCAAGGCCCGCAUUAGCGGAAGUGGCUGGCAGGUGGCUGUUUAAUAAACGUGGGUGUCCGCUCUUUCUUAGGUUA